AUGACAGAGGGAGGGGCAUGGCUCCCUUGCUCGAUAAGUGAGGCAUUAAAUGCCUCUGGUUUGAUGAAAUUUGGUUUGGUGGUCCGGCUUGACGAUGGGCGUGGCUGGAGGGUGAGGAAUAUCCCUGGGACAUUCACAUCUACUGCAGAAUACUUUGGCUCCUUUAUGGCUCCUCUUGUUGAGGAAACGCAUGCAGACUUGCUCUCAGCCAUGAUGAGGCUGUCUCGGGCGCCUUCGUAUCAGCUCUCUUCCAUUGAAAGGGACAUAAGCUACCUACCCCCGACCGGUUUUCCUUAUAAGAUUGUUUUGCGGAACUCUAACCGGAGCGAUUUAGUAACAUACCAACCGCAGGUGGGAGAUCUUGCGGCACUCACCGACGUAAGACCGACACGCAUCAGCGAUUUGAACCGGCCUACAAUGCCUUUCCUACUUGCAUACGUACAAUCAGUGGACGGCGAUAAAAUCUCCCUUUGGUUAAAGAAGCCGUUCGUGAUUGAAGAAAAGAGGCAUAGCCAUAAGCAUGAUGGUCUCUUUUUUGUGUUUUUAACUAAUGUGACCACCAGUGUUCGAAUAUGGAAAGCUUUGAACCCGGAUCCUCCAGGAAGGAACCUGCAGAUGAUCGACAAAGUUAUUCGUAUGAAUGCAGAUGUAAGCAACUGUACCGUUUCGAGCCGUAUUUAUGCUUACAAGUCUUUUCACUUGGCUAAUCUUGCUUAUAUUUAUGUUUCCUUGCAGGACGAAGAAGAUUGCGCCGCGUGCUUGUUCGAAAACAACUCGGUUACCGUUCCUUCGUUCGAAUUUCACGGUUUAAAUGAUUCCCAAGAAGCUGCAAUUGCAAGUUGCAUUAAGACAUGGAGAUGCAGACAUCAAAAUAGUGUCAAACUCAUAUGGGGUCCUCCAGGAACAGGGAAGACUAAAACGAUUGGCCUGUUGUUGCUGGCUCUUCUAGGAAUGAAAUGCCAGACAAUUACCUGUGCCCCGACCCUCACCGCUGUGACGGAAUUGGCGUCUCGGCUCGUGAGAUUGGUUGCAGGGGCAUUCGAAUACAAAACCUACGGAUUGGGAGAUAUAGUUUUAUUCGGGAGUAGCGAGAGGAUGAGAAUGGACGAUCAUACGAACCUGCUCCAUGUGUUUCUGGAUUAUCGUGUUGACAUGCUGAAUAAGUGCUUUUCACCGAGCUCCGGGUGGAAUACUAGUUUACUCUCCAUGAUAAAUUUGCUCGAAGAUCCUCAACAGCAGCACAGUCGAUACAUUGUGUAUCGAAAACUGGGAAUUAACAUAGAUGAUGAUCAUGAAAUGGAAGAUGAGAUCAGUUCUAGGGACAAUGAAACAUGUAAGGGCGAUGCUCUCACUUUACAGGUAUUUGUAAGGAAGAGGUUUUCAAUCUACAAGGAGAGGCUCAAGUUUUGCGUUGUAAACUUCUACACUCACUUACCAACUCAUCAUGUAUCAUUAGAAGUGGUGAAGAACAUGAUGGAUGCUCUGGAUUUGCUCGGAUCGAUCGAGACUUUGUUGAAUUCUUAUGAUUAUGGAGAUGAAGGAUUGAGGGAAACCCUUUACACCGAAAAAGAAAGGGAAUUCGUCGGUCGCUUCGCAGAGUUGAAAGCUGCAAUAAAAAGUUGUAUCCCGGUGCUCAAAUCACUUGGUCACUCGUUUCAAAUUCCAGAAUUUACACAAAGGUUCAUGAUCAAGAAAAUGUGCUUGGAAAAUGCAUGCAUACUUCUGUGCACUGUAUCAGGCUCUUACAGAUUGAAUACGGAACGGACACGACCGUUUGAUCUUUUGGUUAUCGACGAAGCCGCUCAACUGAAAGAAUGUGAAUCAACCAUUCCCUUUCAACUUACCGGUCUCCACAAUGCGGUUCUUGUAGGAGACGAGCGGCAGCUGCCUGCAAUGAUAAGAAGCAAGAUAUCAGGGGAUGCUGGAUUUGGAAGGAGCAUGUUCGAAAGGCUCGUGUUACUCGGACAAAAGAAACAUCUACUCAAUGUCCAGUACAGGAUGCAUCCAUCUAUAAGCUCGUUUCCAAAUAAGGAAUUCUAUGAUGGGAUGGUUUUGGAUGCCGCAAUAGUGAAACAUAGAAGCCAUGAGAAGCGUUUUCUGCAUGGGAACAUGUAUGGUGCUUACUCAUUCAUCAAUGUUCCCUAUGGAAAGGAGCAGUUUGGUGAACUGCAUAGUCAAAGGAAUAUGGUGGAAGUUGCAGUGAUUUGCAACAUAGUUGCUAGCCUCUUCAAAGGGUUCAAUGCAACAAAACAGAGAAUGAGCAUCGGUAUUAUAUCACCCUACACAGCUCAAGUACAUGCAAUUCAAGAGAGGCUUGAAAGGAACUACAGUAGAUACUCAGGCAGGGGCUUCACCGUCAGCGUCCGUUCAGUGGAUGGAUUCCAAGGAGGUGAAGAGGAUGUCAUAAUCAUCUCUACCGUCAGAUCCAACGUCAAUGGAUCAAUUGGUUUUCUAUCCAAUAUACAAAGGGCAAAUGUUGCAUUGACACGUGCAAGGCAUUGCCUGUGGAUAUUGGGGAAUGAAGCAACAUUGGUUAAAAGCAAUUCCGUGUGGACGAAACUAGUUGCCGAUGCCAAGAGAAGGGGUUGUUUCUUUAAUGCCGAUGAAGAUAAGCAUCUGGCUGAAGCAGUUGUUACAGCCUUGAUUGAUCUCGAACAGUUUGACACUCUACUGACCACGGAUUCUCCAUUGUUCAAGCAUGCAAGAUGGAGGGUUCGCUUUGGCGACGAUUUCAACAAGUCCGUGAGGUACAUAAAAAACAAAGAGAUACAUAAGCAGACGAUUAAGGUGUUGGAAAAGAUUGCAAGUGGAUGGCGUGAUGAGAGGAUGAAGAAGUAUCAAGGUUGUUUUGGGUUGAUGGAGUUGUAUCCAUUGAAUAGUGAGUUGAAUCUGGUUUGGAGUGUGGAAGUGGAGACGGUGAAGGGGAAUUCAGAGUGGAUCCAAGUUUUGAAGGCUUGGGAUAUCGUGGAUUCGUCGGACAUAGCCAAGGCUGCUCACAAGCUCCACAUACUUUUUGCAGAAUACACGGAGGAUAAGAUCAGUAGGUGCAAAUAUCAGUGUCUGGAAGGGAAUUUGGUUGUUCCAAUGAAAUGGGCAGUGCAUGUGCAAAAAUCAGAUGAAAUGGAGUGCUUAUCAAGAGAUGGGCAUACAAUUGGUGACAUUAUCAGUUCCAAUUCACCAGAUGAAAUGGAGUGUUUAUCAAGAGAUGGGCAUGCAAAUAGCAACAUCAUCAGUUCCAAUUCACCAGAUGAAAAGGAGCGCUCAUCAAGAGAUGAUGCACAUGGCAACAUCAUCAGUUCCAACUCACCAGAUGUAAUGGAGAGCUUAUCAAGAGAUGGGCAUGCAAAUGGCAACAUCAUCAGUUCCAAUUCACUUGGUUUUUAUUUUGUUAUAAUUAUGACUGCUAUAGCCAUUGCUAUGUUUGUGACCAAAUAUCCAUUUUGGCCUAUCCUCCUCCUCAUUACUUGUUUUAUUUUCUUAAACCAACGAUAA